AUGGAGAACAAAGACUAUAGUCAAAACAUCACAGUUCAGUACUGCUUUCCUUACAUAAACUCUUCUUGCAGGAAGGAGGUGCGAACAGGUCCUGCUUAUAUAUUUCUGUUCAUUUUUCUCUCAUCUGUUUCUGUGUUCACUGUGUUUAUGAACCUGCUGGUGAUCAUCUCCAUCUCUCACUUCAAGCAGCUCCACACUCCCACCAACCUGCUCAUCCUCUCUCUGGCUGUGGCGGAUCUUCUCGUGGGACUGUGUGUUAUGCCUGUGAAUAUCAUGCAGUUAAUAGAUUCCUGUUGGUAUCUUGGACAAAUGGCAUGCACUGUUUCUAUAAUGGUCAAUUUCAUUUCAACAUCAGGGUCACUCUGUAGCAUGGGACUCAUUGCAAUUGAUCGGUACAUUGCUGUCACUGACCCUCUGAUUUAUUCCACCAGAAUCACAAAUUGUAAAACUGUGUUGUUGAUAACAACUGGCUGGUCUUUCUCUGUACUGUAUAUUUUCAUCUGUGUAUACUCUAAUGACCAUUUACUUCCAUCUCAAAUAUUCACUACAUGCUACGGAGAGUGUGUGAUCUAUGUUAAAUAUGUUUGGGUGUUUGUUGACCUGGUCAUUUUUUUUCUAGCCCCUUGUUUUAUUAUACUGGUCUUGUAUUCAAUCAUAUUUAAUGUGGCACAACGUCAAGCUAAAGCCGUUAGAGCUGUGAUGAACCGUGCAUCCCACGAGCAUGGAGCUGAAAUUUCAAAUGUCUCUGAAACCAAAGCAGCAAAAACAUUAGGCAUCAUAAUAUUUGUUUAUCUUGCUUGUUAUAUACCUUAUUAUAUAGGCUCUCUGACAGAUAAUAACUUGACAUCUUCAUCAAGGAUGUGGACUGUGUUUACCUGGCUAAUAUACAUGAACUCCUCUGUGAAUCCACUAAUAUAUGCCAUUUUCUACCCAUGGUUCAGAGCAUCUUUUAAUUAUAUUGUAGCUUGUAGAAUAUUCGUGCCCUCAUCUUCACGGUUUAAUUUGUUUCAAGAGCAUUUUUAA